AUGCUGGGCGUGAUGAUCGGAGCACAUCCUGUGGGCGGCACUGGGCCGAAGGCCGGAUUCCUCUACAUCCGCGUGCUUGAGGCCGGCAACCUCGAGGGCCUCAUCAGCACGCCCUCAUGCUGCAGAUCCUCGAGCUCAGGCUGUUCCUCGAGCUUUUUCUCUUGCUCAGGUUGCACCUGCACGUCCAGCGCGGCACCGGAAGGACUGCAAGUGGGGUUCUCCUGCAUCUGUCUUGAGCGCACGGUCCGUACCAAGGUAAAGGCCACUGUGGACGCACUGACGGGCACUGCCACCUUCAGGGAGGAGAUGCUUUUGCGAGCCCUGAACUUCUGCAGUGCAGAUCAGCUGAAGGUGACGCUAGAGAACUCCGGCACCGUCCUGGCAGAGGCCGUGCUCCCGAUGAGGGCCUCCAUCCCCGAUGUGCUCCUGGCUUGUGCCAGCUCCGACUCACAGGAUGUGGAAGAGCCAGCGCUGCUUUCGCCGAACAAGGCAUGGCUGCCACGGCAUCGAGCAGUCCUACGGCCAACAGGCCUGCAGGACUUCAGCGCACAAGGUGCUGGCGGCUGGGGCUCCAAGCAGCCAUACAUCGAACUUGAGUUGCUGCAGUUGGUGGACGGGUCUUUGCCCGCUGCGCUGGGGAGCAAGCCGCUGAUGCUGGCUUUGGAGAACAAGCAGGAGCAGCUCGUGCGCGGGUACCUAUCCUUCGACUAUGUUGAAAGACUGAGCUUGCAGGAGCAGGCUCUCUGCAUCACCGCUGCAAUUCAGCAGCGGUCACCAUUCAUGCUCCUCCAGCUUCUGGAUCAGAUCCAUCCUACGCAUGAGCACCUGAUCAUGGCCAUCCGGCUUGGGCAAGAGCAUCUGCUGGAUCCCUUGCUGCACGCCGGUGGCCUGGCCCUCGUGCGCUCGAAGCGGCUCUUGCGCCGCGCUCAAGGUGGACAAGGGCGAGGUCCAUCUGCAGACGACCGACCGUCUCCGCGUUCGGGUGCUCCCAGUUCUUCCACAGGUGCCGACCCAUCCAGGAGCGACGGUGAGGUCACGCCUCUGGCUUUGGCUUGCUCUCUAGGACACGUGGGCUGUGUGGAGGCUCUCUGCCUGUGGGGGCGCCGCCAGCGACUGCAGAUCGACCCCACUGCCCCGCAGGUCACGCCUCUUAACCUGGCUCGCCGCGAGUUACUGGGAGUCAUUGGGUGGGAAGAUAUUGACACUUCCACUUUAGGCGAUCCACCAAUGAUCAUGGUGGUGAGAGGGCAAGGCAGCCUCGAACAGAAGCUUCAGCUCAUCUCGGUUCUGUGCAGCUAUAACUUCUCGGUGGAUGUCCGCAGCCCCAGGGACAGCUGGACUCCUCUCCUAGCAGCAGUGGAGCGUGGUUCAAUUGAGCUGGUUCAAGCUCUGGUGGCUCAGGGCGCCCGCAGCUCGCCGGAUAGUGUCCUCGGCUUCACUCCACUACAUCUGGCCUGCCAAAUGGGCCACUGGCACCUCAUCUCCUGCCUGGUCGAGGCCAUGAACAAGCAGUAUCGCAGCAUGUCAGCCUGGGGGCCAUCACCGCAGUACGUUUCGCUGAACGUGGCAGACGUGUACGGAAGGACAGCUUUGGAUAUUGCCCUGCUGCGAUACUUCAACGACGAGUCGGAGAGUUAUGGCGCGGCAGCCGCUGCUGAGGGCAACGGCCAAAAGGCUGUAAAUGUGCUCCGCGAGUUCAUCCAUCGUAGGCCAGCCGACGACGCUGGAGUGGUUUGUGGUUGGGAGCUGCUUCAGGUGAUGAACCUGAUCGCCAUUCCGUCGAAGAAGGCGAUGAAUGCCCAGCUUGCAGACUGCAACCGGAUGGUGGAAGGUUCACCGAACUCGGCAAAUGCUGAUUCUGGAGAAGCCGACAAGGAAACUGCUGAAGGCUUCAAGGACGUUAACGACGUGAGGGAGGUCUUGGAGGCUGUCCGAAUGCUCGUCAAGGCUGGUGCCCAGACGCGCUUUCUGCUGGAAGACCUCCUGGAGCCUGCUACGAACCCUCCAGUCGCCAGUCCCAUCUUCAAGUCGGCCGCACAGCCAGCAAGGACCUCGCCGAAAUACAGUCUACAGGAGGGUGAGGUUGGUGAGAUGGAAGACAGCGUAGAUGACGAAAGCUUUACAAGCUGA